CCAAACCAACCGCGCGCGGGGGUGCCCCGCACACCUAACCUCGCUCAGCGCGCCUCCGUGGCCUACCGCCGUCCUCUUCGCAAUCACCAAAAAAACUGCCGGGACCGCGGCGCGCACGCUGCUGUCACCGACGGCCACCGCGCGCGCCGUCGCAGCGGAGAGCCAGCCAGGCAGGCAGGCAGGCAGACGAAAAUGGCGGCGCCGUCGUCCCUCGCGGCCUCCUCCCACCUCUCCGCCCCGUCGCAGCAGCGCGUCGCCGUCGCUGCGGCUGUACAUGCGGCCGGCAAGGCGAGGCGCCGGUGCCGCUGGUCGGGACGGACCCGGCGCGCGCCAGGUGUUUGCUUCGUGGCCUCGCCCAGCCAGCCCGCAGGUCUUGCCGCGGUUGAUCUGCCGCCUGCAGCCCAUACGACGAUCCCUAGUGCGACGGCAGCGAGCGUCCCGGAUCGCACUUCGGUUUCGUCCUUGUUGGAGGUCGUAUCGGACGAUUUGCUGAACCUUAACAACAAUCUGAAAUCGCUUGUUGGUGCAGAAAAUCCUGUUUUAGUUUCUGCGGCGGAACAAAUUUUUGGUGCUGGUGGAAAGAGAUUAAGACCAGCAUUAGUUUUUCUGGUGUCCAGAGCAACUGCUGAAUUAGCUGGUUUAUCGGAGCUAACUACAGAACACCAACGCUUAGCAGAGAUCAUAGAGAUGAUUCACACUGCAAGUUUAAUACAUGAUGAUGUCAUAGAUGACAGUGGAAUGCGAAGAGGGAAAGAAACCAUUCAUCAAUUAUAUGGAACACGGGUGGCUGUGCUUGCUGGUGAUUUUAUGUUUGCCCAAUCUUCUUGGUUUCUUGCAAACCUAGAGAAUAUUGAAGUUAUAAAGCUCAUCAGCCAGGUAAUUAAGGAUUUUGCCAGUGGCGAGAUAAAACAACAAUCUACUCUUUUUGACUGUGAUGUCACCCUUGAUGACUACUUGCUGAAGAGCUACUACAAAACUGCCUCUCUGAUCGCUGCAAGCACAAGGUCAUCAGCCAUAUUUAGUGGUGUCAGCACUGCUAUAUGUGAACAAAUGUAUGAGUACGGAAGGAAUCUCGGACUCUCCUUCCAGGUAGUAGAUGACAUUCUUGACUUCACCCAAUCAGCUGAGCAACUUGGCAAACCAGCAGCAAGUGACUUGGCAAAGGGAAAUCUGACAGCUCCAGUCAUUUUUGCUUUGCAAGAUGAAACACAGCUAAGGGAGAUCAUCGACUCCGAGUUCAGUGAAACAGAUUCCUUAGCUGCUGCAAUAGAGCUAGUUCAUAGAAGUGGUGGAAUAAGGAGGGCUCAUGAGCUUGCAAGAGAGAAGGGUGACUUGGCUAUCCAAAAUCUGCAGUGCCUUCCGAGGAGCGAGUUCAGAGAUGCGCUUGAGAACAUGGUGAGAUAUAAUCUCCAAAGGAUUGAAUAGACGGGAUUGCUUGAUUUCUCUAUCAGAUACAUGCCUCGUUUGUGGGUUUAGAGUAGCUCCCAGUCUCCCACAGAAAUAUGUCUUAUCAUGCCCCAUUUGGAGCAGAGUAUUGCCAAAUGAAACUAGGAGGGAGGAACUGCGCUAUUUCCCUUUGACACGCCUACGGGAUUCCUGUAAAACAGGCCAUUAGUACCACUUUCGAUCUUUGGGAUCAUUGGUGCACGAUAUCACAAUCCAGCGAGUUAUCCAGGUGCCUGCCGCCUUGUACCUACAUGUAUCUUAGCACUUCAUUUUGCUGCUCUUGUAAAUAAAAGGAGCAUGCUGUAUCUUGGCAUUCUUUUAUUUUGCAAUUUGCACAUGCUUAUAGACAACAAGCUGUGUGUUGGGAACUUGACAGAAUGACAAUAGUAUAGCAGUUGUGCACUCUGGGCUGAUGAGAUGUGUAUGUUCUUGCACGAAAUAAUAUAGUACUACAUUCCAGUUUUGUUA